AUGCCUUCCAAUGUUUACAACAAUCGAGAAUCUUGUCCGACGAAGGACUAUGAUACAAUGACCCAAAGCGAAGCUAUCGAUGCCAUCAAAACACGAACAAAGUCCCUCGAGCGUCUUAUGGUACACAAGAACCCCGUUUCUCCAGCAGAAAGCCGAAGAAUUGGCAUUGAAGACGAAAAUGAUGAACCUCAAAAGGUCAAAUCCCGCUCUAGAAAUUGUCCAAAAUCGAGAAAUACUCAACUCGAGCUGGAACUGGUAAUGCUCAAGCAUCGUCAGAUCAUUUCUGUGGUCAAUAAAGAUUUGAACAAUCUCUUCCGUUAUACUUUAGACGCGAGGUUAAAGAUUCUCCACGAGCAUCGUCAGGAGUUUCAGGUGGAUAUCAAGACUGUUGAGGAAUACUUAUUUCUCUUAAGAAAACUGCAACCUGCGAACGACAAAGACUGGGCACGAAAGAUUAGCAUCGCCUCAGAAAUAAUGACUGAAUCUACUGUCAUGCGCAGCAAUAUCGAGGCCCGCAUCCAAGAGGUAGAAAAUUUCCUAUCCGAAAUGGCAAGUGAGAAAUUAAGCUUAAAGAGAAGAAAAGAAAUGGUGCUAGAUCUCGGAAUACGCCAUGGACCCUAUGGGACCACGCUUACUCUCCGCGACCAUGAUAAAUUUCCCCAGGAUAGAUACAGGAAACUGAUUGACGUAAACUCAUUAGAGAAGCAAGUUCGUGGGGCCGAGUUGGUUUCCAAGAAGUUAGGAUUGUAG